AAAUCCAGCACGACUGGAUUCCACGAAACCUGGACCGGCCGAGCUCCUCUCGUUGGAAAUGGCACAAGGGUGCAGCUGCGAGUAUUUGUGGAUGACACCAUCGUUCAAGUCUUCAAGGAUGGUGGUCUGGAAUCGCUGACGGGUCGUGUUUACGUUCCCAAUGACUAUUCUGGAGUUGCCCUCUUCUCCUACAAUAUAAACUCAACGGUCUUGGCCAAAGUCUCUUUCUACGAGAUGGAUACUGUACAUGAAUCGAAUGGGGAUGCAGCGUGGCAUACAGCAGGAUCACACCUUAUUAAGGUAAUGCUUUUGGCAGUUACUCUUCACACCGUAUUGCCGCUGCUUCUUUUUUGA